AUGUUGUAUCAACUUUUGGCAAGAUUGUUCGAUGACUAUGAGAGGUUCUCGCCAACUCUAGCUACUGUUAGCUCUGCUCUCCUCCUUGGCAUAUGUGGUCUAACCGAUACGGUUUUCCGGGCUAUUGUAAACGUAGGUGGCGAUCUUGUCAAUCUCGUUCCAGGUCGAGAUUCAACUAAACUGGAUGCACGUCUUGCUUGUGACACAAACAUCUAUAUCCGUAAUGUUCAUGAUCUGUUAAGACUUAAAGACUAUACAAAGAAAUUGAUGUACUGCACAUCCGGCUACUAUUCAAGAUCCCUACAACCUCACAAGUAA